AGGGAAUGUAUUCUGCUUUACUGUUUGACAACACAUCAAUGUUUGUCAGAUUAUUACAGUUAAAAUAAAAACUAUCCAAUAACUUUUCAUUUUUACCCAUUGUAUAUUUAAUAGAUACAAUGACUGUCGACGUAGCAAAUAAAGGCUUUACACUUCCAUCCGGCCCCUCCUCUUUAUGUUUUGAUAAAGAAGAAUUCAUGAAAGUAGGUUAUAAAAUAACUUAAAUUAUGUUAAAGUUAAAAUUUAAAAUAAAUAAAUACUUUCCUGAAUCCUACGACAAGACCCCUACACACUAUAGUAAUAACUAUAGACUACAGACUACCAAAGAUUUAUACUAAAUAGUAAGCCUAAAUCAAAUAUUUAAAUUAGAAAUUUUUUAAAGAGCUUAAUGUUUACCGUUUAGACCAUAAUAGAACUUAGAUGUUUUUAAACUUUUUGAAGUUAAAGACAAGUUAAGUUUGGUCUGGUAAGCGUUUUGCCAUUUAGUUUUCCUAAAAUUUUUGGCCUUGGCCAGUAAACUGUAAUGGGUAGGGUGAGAGGAGCACUAAGUCUAACUAAGCAUUUCAUGGGAUGGGUAGAGUGAAAAAUUAUGUAAAGAGUUAAAGAGCAUAAAUACUUAUCUAAAAAUUUCAAAGUUAUGUUAUUAUUAUUAUAUAUAUUAUUAUAAAUGAAUAUAUAUCAUUAAAAAGGACUAUGUAUUUUCUUUUUAUUGCCAUUGAUACCAGAAUUAUUUUUCUAUCUUAUUAUCUUAAUCAAACUAGUAUUUUUAAGUGUCAGCACUUAAUAAUAAGCCAUUGUGAUGUAAUAUUAUUAUUAUAUAUAUUAUUAUAAAUGAAUAUAUAUAUCAUUAAAAAGGACUAUGUAUUUUCUUUUUAUUGCCAUUGAUACCAGAAUUAUUUUUCUAUCUUAUUAUCUUAAUCAAACUAGUAUUUUUAAGUGUCAGCACUUAAUAAUAAGCCAUUGUGAUUAAUACUGAAAUAAAUAGGGUAACAGAGGUUAAGUAACUUGUUUUUGCACUACUUUUUUUUAAACGGCCACCAUCUUGGUUGCCAUGACACAUUUGAGGGUGUGGGAAAUGAGUGGCGUGUUGGAUGUAAAUUUACCUUAUUUUGAUAUGAAUAUUGCAAUAAUUUAUUAAAUCAGUGGGAUUUGAGCGACAGAGAGUAAGUAAAUUUAAUUAUAAAAUUAGCCAUUUUGGGCAUUAGAAAUACAAAGUGCAUAUAUAUUACCCAUACAGUUUAUUGGGUUAAUGCAUACAAGCAUCUUAGUGCGUAAAUAUUAAUACUGUAAAUAAUUUCACAGAAUAGUUUCUAAAAUAAUGGAUAAGUUUCAUUGAAAAAAUUCCGAUCACAAAUGUUAAAUAUGAUGAUCCAUUCCAUGAAAUUAAUGAUCCAAGUAUUUGUAGCAGUUGUAGAUACCAUUGAUAUUGAUUUUAUUCAGUAAACGCACAAUAAGCUGAAUUCACUAUGAAUAUUUCUUUCGUACUGUAUAAAUUUAUUGUGAAAGUGGCAACUUUAUUAUAUCCCUCUAGACACAUGGCAGGGAGUGGCAACAACCUGCGGUCUCUCCCUUUACUUGAGCAUCAUUAAACAUCAGCUUGUUACAUUGGAUAGUUACAUAAUGUGGUGACUAUUGGAAAGGGGAAACAUGAAGACAAAAAAUAAAAAUUACUUUUAAAAAUAUUGCUGGUGACAACGGUGUGUUGUGAACUGUUGGCAAAAGAGCAACAACAGUAAGUGUUGAUAGUAUUGGGGAUGCAUAUUGCCACAAAAAAAAAAUUGAGCCCCGCGCUCAACUGCCCCACCCAGUCACUUCAAAAAGUUUUAGAAAAGUAACUUAGUCGUUAAGAUUAAAGGAAUUUUUAAUUGGGCCCAGCCAUUAAGUUUAUAUAGGUAUAAAUAUUUUUAUAGGCCUAGAUAGACAAAUUAGAUACACAGGGGAUUGGGGUGGGAAGGAAGUGGCUACUUCCAAACAGCGGCUUUUGAAUUUUUCCUGGUAACAAAAUUAUAUGAGAAAGGAGAAAAUGUAAAUUAUUAUAUUAUAAUUGGAAUUAACACAUUUUGGAGUUUACAGCCAUCCAACCUCAAAACUGAAAAAAAUAACAAUAGGCCUACUAAAAUUCAUUUUUUUAACUAUCGCUGAAUUUAAUAAUUUGAUUGCUGAAAAAUUAAUGAGCUUAGCAAAAAUUUAAUAGUUUGUUAUCAAUUUCAUUAUUGAAUUGUCAACAAUUCUCAACAAUUUUUUAACUCUACAGUUUUGUAUUACUAAUAUUCAUAGAGAACUCUCAAAUUAAAUACCAUUCACCGUGACCCACAGAAUUGACCAAGGUCUAGGGGCAGAGGCGUUGGCAUCCACCACUUAGGUGGGAAUUGAUGCCCCCUGAUAAUAACAGUCAAUUGGCCUUAUCAUCUGGCAAUAGUAAUUGGCUAUAGGCCAUAAAUUUAAAUCAUGAAUCUCUAAUAAUUUUCUUGUGAUAAUUAAUUUAAUGUUAUUUGUAUUUCCUAUCUUAAAUUAGUCUAUAACUGUAGCCUAUAGGAAAAGGGUGACUAUAAGUUAACUUCUAGCCAAUCUAGGAAAGUGGUUCCAUACCUAAGUCGGGUGCCCUAGGGCAAAAGUAGGGGUGCAUUUUUUAACCUGUGGCUUUGGUGUGACUUAGGCUUAGGCCUAUUACUGUACUGUUACAUUUUUAUUUAGCUCUCAUGAUUUUAAUUUAAAUUGUAACGUUUACAAGCUCAUCAUCUGAAGUCAAGUCAUGAUAUACAAACAAAAAGUUUGAGAUAACACACUCCAUGUUAUUUUAAUAUAAAGAGAUUACACGAAAGUUUAAUUAAAUGCAAUGAAAGUUUUAGUAUAUUGUAUACACGCCAUUCAUUUAAUUUAAUCAUCACACUAAUAUUUGUUUUUAAAAAAAAUCUCUGCCUUUUUUAAUCUAAUGCCUAUUUUGCACAUGGCUGACAUUAACAUAUAAGGUUUAUUGGGAAUAAUUUCAUCCAGGCUCUAAAAUAGUAACAUUGGUUUGAAUUAAAAAGUUUGUGGAAGACGAUGCUAUGUGGGGAUCCUCCAAGAGGAUGAAUAAACACAUGAAGACAAUAUAAAUUUGUUAAAACAAAUAGGAUAAUUGUUGGCUCAUUAGCAAGCUGUCUAAAGUUUGAAGUCAAAUAGCACAGCAUAUCUGCAUGUUUAAAUUUGGCAGAUCACAUUAAAAAGUCACCAUCUCAAUGGGCCUGAAGCGAUGAGCAAACUAUGUCUAUUUUGCUUUGGUCUUUGAUUGGACACUGUUCAUGCCUGCACUGUGUAAUACUUCGACUAUGUGUUGCUUGCUGGUAUUUUUAAAAAUAAUUUACACUACUGAGAUAAAAUUUCAUCACCAACAAAUGAAAACAAAACCAACCCUCACGAGACUGAGGGUAUGGAGGAUCUUUCAUCUGAUUUGUUAACACAGUCGAACACUUGUUUAUGAGACAUAAUUUUUUUUUUUAAAACUUAUAUUGCUUUAGUUUCAUUAAUUUAUGUUACAUUACUUGUUAUUAAAAAAAAUCUACUUGUUCAUGUUAAUUUCAUGUCUGUAAGAAACAAAAAAAAAGCCACAUUUGAAAUGUUGGUACAUGGAAACAACAGUAAGCCUUUUAAGUUUCCUGUUUUUAUUGUGGUGUACCACAGAAUCUGGUCAGGGACUGGGUGUGCUUUGAGGGGAAAAAGGUUGUGGAGCACUGACCCAUAGUAUGGGGCCAAGAAUAGCUCAUAGGAAGAGCAUAUGAUUUAAUGUUUUUAUCAGAAUUUUAAAAGAAUGAUAUGGAUAUGGAAGAAUUCAUUGGAUUUUGAAACUUUAAAUAUUGUUGCCUUUUUUCAUAUUCAUUUGACCUACAAGUCAUUUACUGCAACUAAAAAUAUUAAUUUGUUAAACAUUAUCAAUUGCUUAUGGAUUUUUUGGCAUUGUCUCCAGAAAGAUUUUGAAGUGGACAAAUUCAUCAUGGAAUGCAGAAAGAAAGUGCCGCUGGAGACUUUGCGGGAUGACCUUGACCUCUAUCUAAAAGUUAUUCGAAGUGCAAUGAUAGAACUAAUCAAUAAAGACUAUGCUGACUUUGUCAAUUUGUCAACAAAUUUGGUAUGUGAUAUUAAUGCCCUAGAUCAGGCCUGCACAACAUGGCCAGCGGGCCGCAUGUGGCCCGCCAGACCCACUUUGCGGCUCGCGAAGUAACGAAAUAUUCUUUAUUCUUAUUAUUUUCUUAAUAGCUUUUCCCUGACCUAUUUUCUUUUGGCCCGCACAAGUUUUUCAUAAUUUAUCACAGCCCGCCUUGCAUUUUGAGUUGUGCAGGCCUACCCUAGAUUUUUAAAUCUUGAUAAUAAAAACAAAAUAAAAAUAAUUUUGUUGGGGCUACUCACUGAUCCAUGUCUUGUGACAGUUGAAUAAUGAAAUUUAUCUCAUAUAUAAAUAUAUGCAUUGAUAUUAAAGGCAUAAUGUAUAAACUGCUCAUAAGAAGAGCUCAUAAAAUAAUAUGCUAAAGUUAGCGAUACAGUACGUUGAAAAAAUAAAAAAAAAAAUAAUCCAGACUUUCAAUUUUUUUUCUUGUAAGUAAAUGAUCUAAAACUUGAUAAGCUUACAGUAUAAUGUCCAGCCUUACUGAUCAUUUCAAAAAAUAGAAGAAAGAAGUGGUCACCUUAUCUUUGCUGUCAGGGAUUUUAUUCAGCAAUAAAUCUCUGACACUACAAGGAGCAGGAUUCCUUGACAAGAAGUGCUGUUGUUGUAGUAGAUGAAUACAUUUUUAAAAAAUGUGCACACAUAAAAGUAGAUUGCUGUACAUGAAAAAUAUGACAUCCCCUAUUACCCUUAAUUCAGUCUUUGGUGCAAAAAUUAAUAUAAGACAGUCUUAUUUUCUCAGGAAAACAGUGUACAAUAAGUUCAAGAUGUUUACUAUAGAUAUAUAUGAUGACAGGCAAGCAAGACUUUGAGUGAUUCAAAGUCUAUUUUGACAUCACCUUAAGUAAAAUACUGCUCUUGCACUUUAAAUAUUAAAAGCCUCUGUACAAUCAUCACCCCUUGCAUUAUACCUUUGGAGUUGCUUUCUAAAUUAUUGCUGAUCAAGGGGAACGAAUCAAAGACCCCAAAGCUAGUUAUAUAUUUUUUUUUUACCGAUAACAUUUUUCCUAACACUUAAACAGUGUGGACAUUUACGGAAUUGCUUUAUGUUUGUGUUAUGAUUAGUAUUUUUCAGAAAAUAUUUUAUUUCCAGGUUGGUAUGGACAAGGCCAUAACAAACUUAACAACACCUUUGGGUCAGCUUAAAGAAGAAGUUCUUGUAAGUCUGGCAUAAAGCAAUACAAACUGACCUAAUGUUUAGUCGUAGAUAUCUCAUAUUAGCUUGUGCGUGGUACAUUAGCACAAAAUUGACAUAUUAAAUCCACUGAACAUCUUAUAGUACUAUGUUUUACUAUCCUUACAGAGUGUACAAACAGCCAUGGAUGAGGCCAUCAAAGCUGUCCAAGACAAGAUUAGACAACAGCAGGAAAUUCAAAGGAAGAAGGUGAGUUAACUUCAGAAGAGGGAAAAAAUUUCAAUUUCUGUUUCCUCAUUAGCUUAGAUCUUAGAAAGAUGAUGGUGGAAUGAUUAAGAACUAACAGUAGCUCCCAUUAAUAUACAAGCUCAAUCUCUGGUCAAGCACACAUUUUUCAAAGGGCUGAACUCAGUCCUCCACUUGUGUAACAUACAAACUCACCACCUUGUGAAUAACUUUUAAAGUUUAAGGAUUAGUAAGUGAAAGCCUACAGAAAAUAACAGAUUUUCUUAACCACUUACUUGCCACCUAUUUGCUCUGGCUUUAUAAUUUGACAUAAUGGAACAUAGCAACCUGAUAUCAAACAUUCAGCUGGUAACGUUUUCUGCUAUUCUUGUAAGAAUAUUACACUUCUAAUCUGAAUGUUUUUAUUUAUGUUAUGAGAGUUGGUAGUAGCCUAGAGCGUAGCUUUCUGAACCCUUGAGAAAUUUAUUAAAAUGAUUAAACUCUUGAAAUGGCUGAUGUAGAAUCUAUUGAACAGACUGAUGUAGAAUCUAUUAAACAGACUGAUGUAGAAUCUAUUUAAAUUGGUGCAGAUUGAUGGUUCCUUGGUUAUAGAUGACUGAAUUGGAAUAGAAAAUAAGUACAUAACACUGGUAGUUGUUGGAGAUGGUAACCAUGGUGAUGACAGUAAAUUUGUCAUAAUAUACCCAAGUUAACUUUUGAUAUUAUAGUUUAAAAGCUACUGUAUAUGAAACUGUUUUGUCAUUAUGAUUAUAUAAAUUCCUUAAUUUUUGUAAUUAAUAAAAAAUUAUUAACAAAUUAACAAAAAUUAAAAGUAAAAUAAUUAAUUUUUGUUUCUUUUCAUAUUUAUAUUUUACAUUUUUAAAAUGCAUGUUACCAAAUGAAGUUAAGAUUACAGUCAAACCCACUUAUCUUACCUCGGUUGACGCGCCAACCCUGUUAUGCCGACGCUUUUGAAGUGGGACUGCCAAAUUCUCUCUUUAUCUUAGCAUUUACUCCUCGGUUAUGUCCAUUCUUUUAUGGCGCAGAACCCUGAUAUCUUGAGCACAAAAGGCGGCCAAAUUUGCCUUUUAACCUCGGUUAUCUCGAUCCCUAUGACCAAUCACCAGCUUUUGAACUCUGCAAGAAAAAAUAGCAAACAACAAAUAAAAAAGUUUUUCAGUUUUUCAUAAUUAAAAAUAAUUAUUUAUUUCUCAAAAUAAAGGACUUGUGUUUUAGAAUGAACCUAGAAGUAAUUUUAAUAAAUAUGUUUUAGUUGUAGGUUUAAAAACCCGGUUGAGUCCAUAUUAUAAAUGAUCAUAAUUUGCUGUGUGCAAAACGUUUUCAUGGGCCGCCAUUCCCGGUCACUUGCGUAGUGGCUAUGCCGUGGUACUAUGUCAGAGUUUCAUUCAUAAGAGUUUGCCGUGUGCAAAAGCUAUUAAACCAUUAAAUUUAAUUUUUUAAUUAAAUAGUCUGUGUCAAAGUUGAAAGUUCAAAAUAAGUAGUCCCUAAAUAGUAUUUUAAUAAUAAGGGAUGUGUUGUCUUAUAUAAACUAUACAGUCAUUGUGCAAGACACGAUCAGUAGAGAAUGAGGUCACAAAAUGUGGAGGCUUUGUCCAUAGUAGAAAAUACCAAACGAACUCGCACUUUAAACAUUCGUAGCUCAGAAAGUACUAACGUUAAAAGUUGAUUCUGGUUUCAUUUUUUAAAUUUGAAAUUUGCUCUAAAUAAAUGUAAUAUUUAAAAAAUUAUUUAUUAUUUUUUAACGCAUUUAUUAACGCACAUCAUGUACAUAAAGAAAUUUCAAGCACAUGUUAACAUAUUGCCACCAUAUUGGUUAUUGGUUAUCUCGAUCAUGGGUUAUCUGGACGCUUUUUUUGGCAAACCCCCAGGCCGUCGACAUAACAGGGUGCUACUGUAUUUGCUUAGGCGCAUGAGCAAUUUUAUAUCAUAAUUAGCUUAAGUUUAAGUAAGAUAAAAAAGUUAUGUUUGAUAGGUGAAGCUGCUAUAAAUAGUUAAUAAAAACUGAAUGCAUGUUAAUGUUUUGAUAAAAGAAAUCAUUUAGAAGUAAACUUGUAAACCAGGUACAAAGUAUAGAUUGCUCUCAGACUAUUACUAUUAUAUAUCUUCCAUCUUCUAUCUUAGGCUACGCUUCAAAGAUUAAUGAACAUAACUCACUCUGUUGAAAAAAUUGAACAACUGCUUGGGAUAAAACAUGGACUUGACGCAUCAGAAACUGCAAGGUAGCUAUUUAAAAAAAAAAAGAUUGCUUAUCUAUUCAUAAACACAAUUGCUUGGAAAGUCAAUGUGCUUUCUCAUUAGCAUGCUUUUAUCGACUUGGUCAACAAAAAGUAGUUAGUUUCAUUGAUAAUUCUUUUCUGUAACAUUUGUAUUCAAAUAAUUUAAUUUUUUAAUACUUUAUCUAAAUCUGUUAUGUUGUCAAGUGGAAUUAUGUAUCACACCUUUGUCUUUGUUCAUAUAAAUAUCACUUUUGGGCCUGGCCCUUAAAAUCUUAAUUUCACAUUUAUCACUGAAGUUUUUUUUCUUUAUUCAUGACUCUAUUUAAAAGAUGACAUGUGAUUUAGUUUGCUAAAUUAAAAAUAACUACUUAAUUUGUGCCAAAUUAUACAUUAUAAUAUAUGCUGAUUAGGGGGAUUGUUAAUUGUUUUAAAACAAACACCGGUACUUAUUUGUUCUGUAAUUUAGUGAACUGACAGGACCUCUCAUAGAGCGUGUUGCCACAGAAUUUAACAAACUUCAGUUUUAUGUUACAAGGAGUAAAGGUCUUCCAUUAGUGGACCAAGUUAAACCUGUGAGUUUAAAAUAGUUUUACUUUGUUUCACUCUAUUUUCAAACACUAUUUUUCAAGAUAGACAUUAAUAAAUAACUCUCCCUUUUCAUAUUUUGGGCUUCUAUUAAUCAAAGAAAACAUUUAUUUAAUAAUGAACUCUUGUUAAAUCAUCUGUUUAAGAGUAUGAUUUAUAAUUUAAAUUCUCCAAUCAUUUAAAACUUAUUACACAAUGUUCAUUAUUUAAUUUUUGUUUCUGUCAGCGUAUUUCUGCCAUUACUACAACACUUCAGUGCAAUCUGGAGGGUUCUUUCUUGUCUGGUCUAGAGACUGGCAAUACAGCGAUGCUGCGCCAGUGUUUGAGAACCUAUGCUCUCAUUGAUAAAACUCAGGAUGCUGAGAAAUUGUUUAGGGAACACAUUGUCCAACCUUACAUGGAACGGGUAAAGUUCUCAAUCUUUUAGUAGCAUAAAAAUCACUGUUUAUUUUUGAUACCCGUUACUUUAGAAGGUGAAUAUAUCAUAGUAGUCGUCAUCUUUUCUUUUUUCCAAUGCAUUAUUCCUGACUUGAUGUAAUGCACUUCCAUAUGACCGAAUGAUAAGUAGUUCAAGGACCUAAUCACAACUCUUAUCCUGUAAAUAACAGAUUAUCAAUGAUGAUUUUUUGCGCCAUCACAAUAAAGACAUCUCUGUGAUGUUUGACCAUGUUCUGCAAUUUUUUUCUGAUAAAUGUUCGAUGCUCACAGGAAUCACAACAGGAACAAGGUAAUGGAGUAAAGAGUUUAUAUUAAUCCAUUGAGAAACAAUUUGAUAAACUGCCUCACAUGGAACAUAAUUGAUCCAAUUCAAGCAUAUUCUUUAACUUAUAAAUAAGAUAUUAAACUGGCACAAUACAGCCACAAGAAGACAUAUUUGCUAAUUAACAAUUGCAUUUGAAUUUAAAACAGUCAGCAGAAUCUAUAUUUAUAUUUGUGUGUGCAUGCUGCAUAUUUGUAUGUGUCUCUCUAUAACUACUGCUAUAAGAGAAAAAUUGUCCUAGUUUUUUAUUAUUAUGUUAAUCAAUUAAUUUUUAAAAUGCUCAUAUUUGUGACUAUUGCCUCAAGCCUUCAAACCCCUAGUGCAUGAUUCCCUCACAAAGUGGCACUAGAAAUCAGUGAAAUUUCCUCAUCAACACCAGGAACAGAAACAUUGCAAAUCCCAUUUACAUGCAUAGGAGCCAAAAUGAUCAAUAAAUUGAUCGUGGGCCCUUAAGAUUUAGAAGAAGAAGUAAUUUAGUUGCUUGGUUCUAGGGCUACUGUUACCUAUUCAACACAACCUGUCAAUUAGGGAAAAGUUGCCCAUAUAAUAAUAAAUUAUUGAUUUUAAAAAAAGCAGUUAUCUGAUUUUAAUGCAGGUUUUAAAGUAUCACUACCCCGGUACCCAUAUUGACAGUUCCACCUAUGUGACUGAGUGGGGAAAUAUAUUUAGCUGUUUCACACCAGUGUUUUACUCAUGCAGUUGUUAGAAGCAAUGCUUUAAGUUUUAUAACUAAUUUUCAUGUUAUAACUUGCAUCUUCCUCUACAUUCCUUAGCGGUGGUGAAAUUGUUAGAGGCUAUGAUUUUGUUGUCCAUGCUGUCUUCCCCGAGGUCGUUGAGAACCUUGAGCAGCAGAUACCAACCAUAUUUGCCCCUGGAAAUCCAGAUGUCUUCCACAAGGCAAGUCAUUGACAUUGUACUCAUGAGGGGCAAAUCUUUAUCUAGUAAAUAUUCACUUUAUCCCCAUGCUGCUUUUGCUAAGCUCAUGACAAAACAUGGUCAUGAGUAAUUUAUGCAAAUUUCAGGCAACUUAAAUAAACACAUUCAACAAAUCUUUAUUUUAAAAUAUUCAAACUUUAUUUUAAUACAUAAAUAUUGUGUGAUCUUUCAAAAGUGAAUCGUCAAAAGAUUAAAAUGACUGUCCCAUUUUUAAAAUUAUGUAUACAAAAAUACUUUCAGGUUUUGUUUAGCGAAACUAAUGUCAAAGGUAACCCACAAACUGUCAUAAUGGCCGCUAAUUGGCCGUUAUGGAUGUUUCUGUGGUUUUACGUCCACUAUAAUCUGCCUCUACUAAAACUAAAAUCAUAAGUUUUUAUUUUUAAAAUUUUUAUUAUUAUUAUCAUCAAUUUUUUUAAAGGGAAGAUAACUCUAAUAAUUAGAAUAUUUUCCUAUUUAUAGAAAACUAAGGUAAAUAUUUCAUAUGUUCAUAUUUAAAAAUUUUUUUUUUAAUCAAGCUGACAUUUUUUGUUAAAAAUAACUUUUAGAACUCUGACUUUGGUCCUGCAAAAUUAAAGUCUAAUUUAUUUGAAUUAUUUCUUAAUGAGUGAUUUGAAGAUAGUUUUGUUGGCAUUUCUCAUGGUAGUGAUAAUUGGAAUAGUGGAGCUAGAACUUGUAGCACUUUAAUUUCUAAUUUUGGAAGUAUUGGAGAAUAGGAUUCUAAUUAAUUUUAUAGGCAUUAUAUAAAGAAAUAUAUUGGUCACAUAUGAAUUAAAUUUUUAAAUUUUUUUUAUUAUAAACCAAAAUAACUAUAUUUUCUUAACUAAAAGAACAUUUUUAAAAGGAUCCAAUGUUCAGUGUGGUUGUGAGCUGAGGAAAGAUAAUAAAACAGAAGCACAACUGUUCUCAUUGUAGAAAGUUCAAAGUUAUAUUCAUUUUACAUAGCUCACAGAAAUCCAAAAUUCGUACCAUUUGAUUCCUUUUCCAAAAUACUCUCAGAAUAAAAAUACUUAAAUGGGUCUCUGGAUUCAUAUUCGAUUGUUUUUGGUUAUUUUAGUGAUACUUAGCAAACUUUUUAAAGUGUUAACAGCACAGCUUGUUUGCAUUUGAAAUUUGUGGGUUAAACAACUUGACUCUGUGUUUUGUUAGUUUAUACAUGAAAUGUGGAUUGUAAAAUGCAAAACUUAUGGCAAAAAAAUGUAAUAUGGAUGCUCUGGACAAAUUUGACAACAGCUUUGAAAAAGAAUGAAAUAAUUUAACAAUUUUGGAUGGUUAACUAUUGCUUUCAUUUCCUGAAAUUUUAUUUAAACCCAUAGGUAAUGAAGUACAAUAAGUAUUUUUCCUUGCCCAUACUUUCCUGUCAGAUAAAUUUAUGGCACAGUCCCAAACUAACUUACACCCAAGCAGACCAAUCAUGAUUUGUCCUCUCCACAGGGCAAUAUUGCAUGAAUAUCAAAAGUUAGAUGGCUCAAACAUUUUCUGUUGCUCUGUAAAAGCACGAUAUUUGGUAUCAUGUUACAAAGGGUUAAUGAAAAUCUCAUCAUUGCAGAAAUAUACCGCAACCAUGAAAUUCUUGGACCAGUUUGAGCAAUACUGUGGUACACAAGCAAGUGUUAGACGUUUACGGCAACACACAAGUUAUACAACACUAAUGAACAAGUGGAACUCACAGCUGCAGGUUUACUUUCAGAUAAGGUCAGUUUGUAUUAAAUAUGCUACCAAUUACUAAAUAACUAACUGUUAGUCUUCACCUCAUCACUCAAUAUUAGCUUUCAUUUCAUCCUACCAAACUUUAUGGUGCACAGAUUGAAGAUGAAAGGUCCCAUGGUCUAUGGUAAUUAACAGUAUUUAUUUUGACAAAAGAUGUGUUUCAUUUCUUUCAGAUUCCAAGACAUAGCUGGUUCAUUUGAGGCGUCUAUCUUUUCAGGGUUCAUUAAAUCUUCAGGUUUGUUGUUGCCAUUGUCUUGGUGUUACUCCCCCUUGUCUUGGUGCUACCACCCUUGGUAUGCCUCCCUUUGUAUUUAUAUUACUUACCUUGCCAUGCUAACAUUAUCUUGAUGACAAGUUUUAAUAUUUGUGUUUAAAAGCAGUGAUCAAUCAAUAUGAAAAUGUAAGCUCUAUGUUAAUCUGUUGUGUUUGUUUUCUGUGUAUUUUAGAAGGAACUGGUUUUCAUCUUUCUUCAUCCGCUGCCUUGUGGACAAGUUUAGUAAGGUGCUGGCAAGAUGAUAUAUUCAUGCCAGCGUACACACACAGGUACUAACUUUCCCACUCUCAUGAGUCAAUCCAUUGAUAUCCACAUACAUUAUCCCCUAAUUUUAAACUAAGAUAUCACAUACAACAGCCAUAAAAUGCUUUUUAGUACUAAAAGAUACUACUUUGUUUAGAGGAUGUUAACAUUAUAAAUGCUUCAAAUUAUGAUAUGAUACAAUGGUUUUUUACCCUCCUGCUUACAACUGAUAUAUUUGCCCAACCCUCCCUGUAACAGGUUUUUGAAACUAGAUCUUCAACUGCUGUCAAGGUAUAAGACAUGGCUAGAUGAUGUGUAUCAAGAGGAGGUAACCCAUUAAUCCAUCUUUAAUAUUAGUAUUAGCCCUUGUCUUAAAUUUCUUUUAAAAAAUCAUCACUUAGUUUAUUGUUCAAAAUCUGUUAAUUAAAUCAAAUAUUUUAAUAUUAAAAAAACUAAAUAAUGUGCAACUUCCUUUAUCUAUGGCCAGUAUAAUUCUUUUAGGUAGCAUUAUUUGUUUUUGUUAUAACAGUUAUCUUCUUGCACCUGUAAUUGAAGAGGAAAUUUGUAUCACAAUUUUUUAAUUUGAUGAAUCGAGUAUUUUUAGUUGAGUAAUGUUAAUGACCGGUUGAAAGAUUCCAAUAAGGCAUGAAUGCCAUGAUUUAACUGAUCAUUUUAAAAAAAGGAGAUUUUAAAAAAAACAACUUCUUAAUAUAUAUUCCUCUAUAUCAAUAUUUUUUGGAAGAUGUCUCGCAAGAAUGAGUCCAACCCUGAGAGUAAACCAAGAUCAGCGACUCCUGACAUGCAAAGUAUGCCUUCCCUGUCUGAUGACGUUAUGACAAGGUCCAUGUCUCCCAAACCAACCUAUGGCCAAACAGACCAAUCAAGACCUGUCCUCACCAAUGGGCAAAUAGUAGCACUGAUGGCUGACAUGGAUUUAUUAAUUGCCAAGGUUAAGAUACAUGUUUGAACAUGGGGAAUGUUGAUAUUUGAAGAAUUAUUUGAGGCUACCCGGUAUACUUAAACUGAAAUAAUCAUAAAAUUGUGAAUGCCAUUGACAUUAAAUUAUUAACUUGUUAUAUAAACAUCUUCUCAGAUUCCAAUUUUGUAUGAAGAAAUAAUAAAGCCAAAGUUAUCCACCCUUGGUUUAGAUGACUCUUCUGCUGUAAAAGGUAGGCCAUUAUCCUUGUUGGUUGUGCUUUACUUAGUUUAAUAGCUGAUUUAGAUUGUUUCAGAUUCAGAUGAUUAUCUAGCUUACCAAACUAUUAAGAAUUUAAUGCCUUAUCUCCAGAUGCAUUAAUUGGUGGAUUACAAGCAAGUUGUGAAUGUAGGCCAAGAUUCUGGAGUAUAGUCACGGAGGAUGUUGUGAAAAGAUGCAGCACUUUCUUGGCUCAGGUCAAUGACAUCCCAAGACUUUACAGGAGGACUAAUAAAGAGGUUGAGUACAAUAUAAUCACUCCAUUUUGUUAGCUUACUUUGCUUUAGUUAAAUUCUUUAUGGUGAUGAUCUUUAACCAAAAAAAAUUCUUAAAUAAAUUAGUUUCUUCAGUACCUGUAAUUAAUCUUAGAUUUCUAUAAUUGUCAGUUACCCGGUAUUUCUAAGAAUGCUAAAAAAAUCUCUACAGGUAAUAAGCUUUGUUUGUUUGGUGGCUCAGACGUUGAACAUUAUAUAUUUAUAUAUACCGGUACUCAUAGGCUUUUAACCAGAACUUAUCUGCUUAACUGUUUCAGCAUCAAAACUUAAGAUCAGGCUACUGUUGUUAUAUAUUAAUUCCAUAAUAAUUUAUAAUAAAAUGCAAAUUUCAAUAAAAACUCUAGCCAGGUGACCUAAUUUUUUUUGUUGUCAUUAUUAAUUAAUUUAGCAGCCAUACCCUCACAUAUAUUGCUGUAAUGACUUGUGUUCCAGGUCCCAAGCAAACCAUCCACUUACUUGUCCAGUGUCAUCAAACCACUGAGUCAGUUUUGUGCUGAGCAUUCUCAAGCCUUAAAUCAACAACAAAAAUCUGAAUUCCUCACUCAUGUCUUUGGUACACUGAGUCAACAGUAAGUGUCAUCUUAAGAUAUAGUCAUCAAAAUUAUAAUUUAAAUGACAACAAACAAACUUAGAGAAUUCAACCUCUAAAAUGAUUAUUUUGCACUAAAAAAUUACCCAUCAGACUCGAUGAUAUUACAGUGCAUUACAUGCUUAACAUUACUUUUUAUUUUACAGUUAAUUUCUGAGUAGACUUGUUUACCCCUGGGUUAGUGUCAGGGUAGUUUUCAGCUCUCAAAAACAUAGAUUCAAGCUCCAAAGAGCAGUGGGGUGGGGGAGGGGGAUGGCAGUCAAAAUACAAUGUGUUGUGUUUGUUUCAGAAAAUCCACAACUGCUUAUGUUGCUAUUAUUAGCAUUACUACACUAGUUCUAAUAGUGUGAUGUACCUUUGAUUUGGUAACUUUUAAUAAUGAAAUAUCUAAAACUAAAGAAAAACACAGAGUUGAAUGAUGGUACCAGUAAUCAUAUCCUGUUUCAAACAAGGCUUUUAUCAUGUGAUAUGUAUAAUUAUUAUAAAAACAGUUACAGUUUUUACAAGGCUAUUACUUUAUUCUAUUUUAAAUAGAUUUUCAGAGGUCACUGCAGAAGUUUUGACUUCAACAAGAAAAAUGGAGGAAAGUCUCAGACGCCUAAAAAAAGCAAGAGGGGGGGAAAAAGAGAAGGAGAAGGCAGGAGUCGGUGACUCCGAUAAAAUUAGGACGCAAAUCAUCAUAGACAUCCAAAGUUUUCAUUCACAGGUAAUUAAUUCUCUUUACAAUUGAAAUGGAUAUUUAAAUGGGAAGUCUAGUUUGAUGGUUGUUAGAUUCUAAAUAAGGAAGUACUUUAAGAGUAGUCAAAUCAUUUUUCAGAGUUUAUAAUUCACAUCUGACAAUCAAUUGCUUAGUUUUAAAAAGAUAUUAUCAAUGUCAAAACUUUCCAAUUACAAAUAAUUUGUUUCACUAAAUUCUUUUAGUAGCUUAAAAAUUGUUUUUGUGCUCUCCUUCAUUUAAAUCUUGUCUUAAAUUCAGGAGCUGUAUGUGGAAAAUUUAAGUGAUAUCCUAAAGAAAUAAAAAUAUAUUUUUGUGUGCAUCUUUACACAGAAGUUUGCCUUUGAAUGCCACAAUAAUUGAGUAUCAACUAAUUCCUGGCAGCUAUAUGUGUCUGUAUUCCUUUCUUUCAGAUGCAAGAGUUUGGUCUAGUGCCCAGCAGUAUAGAAGGAUUUACAAAGCUGUCAACAUUAGCACAAGAAGCUCAGGCAGACAUAACAUCAUCCAACUGAAUAUAAUUAAUAUUGAUAAAUUUCUUUCCUUUCUACUUACUGUAAUGAGAAUAUAAUAUAUCUAUAUGAUAAUUGUUAGUAGGUUGUUUAUUUAUUUUACACAUGAUUUUAAAAUCUAGCUGUAUUUGUGAUAUUAUCUAUGCAUAUUUUAACGAUUUAAGUUUAUCAACACAAUACCCACAAUGUGAUGAAAAUUAUUUUUCCAUCUGAACUUGCUCAUUUGGUGAAUACAUACUCAAUGGAAUGAUAGUAAGAGGACCGACAAACUAUUGACCUCUUCAGCUUCUAUAUAGAGUAUUCUGUAUGGCAUAGCUCAUCACAAUUAAAUUGCUCUGCCACAAGACUGUAGCGUAAAAGUUUGUUUCCCAUACAGCCAUAAAACAUACAUCAUCAAAUUUAAAUCAGGCUAUUAUUAAGCUGAACACAUUAAAACUGAUUUCCUGCAAGUGGUGAAAAAAAAAGGAGCAUAAAAAUCCUUGUUUGACAUACAUUUUUCAACUCAAGAUCAGCGUGUGUUUGUCUGCAUUUGUGCUGUCACGCAUGGACUAUUGCAAUUCUCUCAUGGUGGGUCUUCCAGCUAUGCUCCUUGAUAAAAUUCAGAUAGCACAGAAUAAUGCGGCUCGAAUUGUUCUCCGCAAAAGCAAGUUCGACAAUGCAAAAUCGAUUCUGAGAGAGUUGCAUUGGCUGCCGGUGCGUGCUCGCAUAGAGUACAAAAUCGCAACUUUGUGCUACCGCUGUCUACAUGGCCUGGCGCCGUCCUAUCUGAGCGAGCUGCUGACGCCUUAUGUACCCAGUAGACAACUCCGCUCAUCCGACAGUGGCAAACUCUUGACACCACGUGUUCGCCUUGAGACUUGCGGAAAGCGCACUUUCGCAUUUGCUGGUCCAACAAUUUGGAACGCCCUUCCACUCGAUCUCAGAAACAUCCAGACACUGGAGUCCUUUAAAACCGAUUUAAAGACACAUUUAUUUCGCAAACACUUUCUGGGAUGAUUGUCUACCAUAUUUUCCAUUUAAUGCAUAUUGGCUGUGUUGCUCACGGUUGAAAUGGGUUGAAAGACUUUGACAUUGUAUGCUUGUAAUUAGUUUUUGCAGUGUUGCGUUUGUUUUAAAUGUGGUAAAUUAUAGAUUUGUUUUUUUGUUGACUUUGUACCGCGCUUCGAGCCUUUGGGGAUGAAGCGUGUUUUUGAAAUGAACUUUAUUAUUAUUAUUAUUAUUAUUA